AUGAAAAUUGGUUCCGUCAGAAACGUCUACUCGCUCAACUUCUCCGACAACACACUCAAAACGGAGCUGGCAGAGGCUCGGGCCAAUGCGCAGGUGCGUCUGCAGGAGCUCCAAGAGCAGCUUCCGCAAAUGAUGGACGACAUCGUGGCCGCACAACGCGAGGAGCUCCAGCGUGACGAGGAGCUCCUCGUUGAGCAUGCUGACUCCUCCUUGGAAGACCCCUACGAUGAUGCAGACAUGGAGGCUGCUGACGACUUUGAUGCUCUUUGGUCGGAGGAGUCCUCUGUUGUCGUCGAGGUUGCACCCAAAUAUGGACCUCGGGUCAGACACCGCGGCAUGUCUUCAGUUACCAUAGACGUACCACCAGGCACAGUCCAGAUCGUGCUGAAAUUUCAGAGCGAGGAGACCGAACAGCUUCGCCGCCGACUCCGGGCAGCUGAGGGGUGGUCCAAGGACUGCAAUGCCUCUCUGGCUGCAGAAGUAGCGCGUCUCACGAGGGAGUCCGCGAACGCACAAACCUUGAUCCAACAAUGGGAAGGCUCCUUCACCCAGACAUCUCAGCUACCGCAAAACGAAGUGGAAACUUGUGAAAGCAUUGGUGCCGGUGAUAGGCGCCAAGCCCCUCUGGGCCCCGAUACACCUCUUUUCGGCAGUCGCAUCCCGCCCGGCACUUCGACUCAGUCACCCAACACUUCGAUUUCGCCUUUGACGCUCUUCGACAUCUUCGACGUCCCUUUAGGUCGCACCCAGAUUUUCGGAUCUGUGAAGCAUGUGUUUGUCAACAAUGAAGCCGUCUGGGAGAGCCCGUACGAUUUUGGAUACCUAGUGAAACCGACACGCAUGAGAUCGAAGAAAGGCAAUUGGCGAGAGGCACAAGACAACAAGCUCACGGGAUCACACAAUGAGCUAUCUGCCAUCGUCUCUGCCAUGCGCUGCUAUCUUGGUACCUACGAACGCGUGUCAGCAGUUGUGAUGACGAAGGGGGAAUUUGAUUCCUUACCGACGCAGGUUCGCGAGGCGGUUAUACAAGCGUCUUCCAACCCGAAGCAUCAUUCUGAAACCCGGCGUUUGUACGAAACGGGCCAAGUCCUUCCCCGGAAAAUCAAUUUCAGGCGGGUAGGUUUCAACCAUGCCUUUGCACAGGCGUUGCUGGACGCUGCACAUGUCUGCGGAUUGCUCUUCGGUACCUCAUUGAAUCAGCACGAGGUGCAGAAGUGCAGUCCGUGGAUCGUUCUCAACAUUCAAAACGGGGAGCUUGACCGCCUUCGGCGCCGACUCGAGGCCGCAGAAAAUGUCAAUGCGCUCGGCUCAGGCCUCCAACCUGUGCAGACCACUGGUAGUUUGUUCCCAUCUGCAAACCCUCAAGAUGGACCCGUCGACGACGCACCGAUCACUUUCUGUUUGGAGCGAAAUCCCAAGGAAUAUUUGAAAGCUGCCAAAGUAGUGAGCGUUGAGUCCUGCCUCGGAGCGAUGACUAUCGUCAAGUUACGAGACGACGUGGUCUGGGGGGAGUUCCCUUCUUCAGGAUUCCUUGUGCGGCCGACCCGUAUCCGGACGAAGAAGGGGAACUGGAACAAGGUGCAGAACAAGAAGCUGCUCAGAGACAAGAUGGAAUUUGCCGCAUACAACGGGUUCGAGUGGAAAUAUCUUGGCACCUUCGCAUCGGCCAACACCGACUCGGAGGAAUUGUCAAGGGAAGCUUUCAUAGCUCUUCCCGAUCAGACUCGCGAACAACUGAUUCGCCUGUCCGGUCAUAAGAGGCAUCGCACGGAGGUGAAACCGAUGUACGAAAGCGGAGAGAUGGUGGGAAUGAAGUUCAGUUUCAGGCGGAUUGGGUUCAAUCAUGCUUUGGGGGAAAUGCUCCGUGGAGUUGGAAAAGAGAGCAAGGGCGGCAAGACAUUGAAGCCCGAGAUCGGCUAUUCGAUUAUAUUCUUCUUCCGGGAGGUUGUCGAGCUUGAACUUGUUGACCGAGGCCACAAUCUCGACGAGGAGGCGGCCAAGGAUAUAGCACAGAAGCAGCUGGAUUAUGAGCGGCGAGUCCAUCAAGAGUACUCGGACUACCCAGAGCAUGACGCCGCCCAGUUCGCCCACAAGAGCCGCAUUGACAGCGAUAUCAGCGAAGAGAAGCUCUCAACGUUUGACGGCGUCAUGUCAAGAGAUCUCCCCACAGCAAUCGUGAAGAUUUUAUUUACCGGCUACGAACACCGAGGCACGAAAGGCAAGCUAGAGUCCUUUGAAGUGUUCGCUUUUAACGCUGAUUCCAUCCGGCAAGGUUAUGCCACUUCGACGCUAAGAAACCUCAUUGGCAGCAUUAUCGGCACCUUUCUGUAUGGCGUUACCUGUGCCCAAACGCUGUAUUACAUGCGGCGGUAUUCGCUGGACCGCAUAUGGUUGAAACUCUUUUGUAUCUGGAUCUGGAACGUGACAAACCACGCCAAUCCUUUGGCCCUUCUCACAGUUGAAAGGUAUUUUAUUUAUUGCAUCUGGAGAGUGGUUGAACACCGGCAAUAUCAAUUGCUUUUGACUAUGACGGUGGCUUUUGUAUCGGAAGAGAACCGGAUUCCAUGGUUCCUUGGCACUUUGCAUGCAAGCCCGUUUGAAUUGAUCUGGCUGGCCUUUCACUACCCGGGAAGUAAACUUUAUGUGAACUCUCUCUUCGCAUUUCGGAUAGACUCGUUGGAUACGUUGGAGACAAUGUAUUACUUAGUAUCAAUCAAGGAGGACAAGCAGGAUACCGUCAGAAUUCAUACGCUAUGCAGGUUCAAGUCGAGACAACUACGACAGCCGAAACGCACUAAGAAGAUGAUUGCCAUCGAGACGACUCCAGGGAUCGUCACGUAUUUCGCGAGCUCAAAGUAG